AUGGAUGUGUUGGCCAACAUUGAUCCGACUUCGUCGAACAGUGCGGCGGCAGAUCCGUUUCGCCCCUCUUUCUUUGAGCUGAUUGCGCAAGAGCAGCUAUCGCAGCUGCUGAAGCCAGCUAUCCGCUAUGUUCUCACUGUGCUAGCGCAGCGGCACCCGCGAUACUUGCUCCGCAUCGUGAAUCGUUUCGAUGAGAUUUAUUCACUCCUGAUGCUAGCUGUCGAGCGGCACUACCUGUAUACCUGGAAUGCCUCCUUUACCGAGCACUUUUACGGCCUGCGGCGUCGACGUCGUCCGGCCGUGUCCACCAAGCGUGUGGAAGCCUCGGUCCCCCCACAGAAGCUACAGGCCGCGCGUCUACUGCGUCCGCGCGAGAUCUAUGUGUCUCUUCUCUUUUUGGUAGGCCUCCCCUAUGUGAAUGCCAAACUCCUCGAGUAUUGGGAGUCUGUGGGGGGCGGCGUACUCACCGACGGGGACGAACUCUUUGGGGACGAGCCGCGCGAAGCACAACUGACGCGGCGAGAACGGACUGUGGAACAGGAGCGCCGCGAAAGAUGGAACACGAGGUUCCGUCGCUUAUAUCCGUAUGCGCAAGUGGUGCUUCAGUUGUGGAUGCUGAGCUACAAUAUCAACUACUUGUUUGGCCGCACAUCCUACUGGAGGCCCUGGCUUAAAUACAUGCGCGUUGAUGUGCGUCGCGCUAUGGGUAACGAGGCACCCCUGCAGGCAGGUGCAGCGUCCAAGCGUCUACCUUCGUUCACAAGCUUUCCCUUUUUGUUCUCGUACUUGCUGCUUCGGAAAGGCGCGUCGGGGCUGCUGGACGCCUUAAAAUACGCGCUGCCUGUCUCCAUUUUCUUCUUCAAGUUCCUCGAAUGGUGGUACAGCCCCAAUAAUCGGCGUCGACGCGGCGGCGAUGGCGACAGUGAGACGGCCAAGCGGAUCGCGCCGCCUGCUGUCCUUCCGCCCAGUCUCCAGGGCGUGCUGUAUCGUCCGCCGUCAGCAUACCAAGCGCCGCCCGUGCUCUCACAAACACAGGUGGAUCUGCCCAUGGAUGAAAUGUUCGCCGAUGCCGCGACACCUGCGACGCUCUUGCACAAUGCAUGCCCGCUCUGUGGUGUGGCGCCGAUCCAAAAUGCCUGUGUGUUGUCGACGGGCUAUGCCUUUUGCUAUACCUGCGCGAAUAACUACGUGGACAAGUGGCAUCGCUGCCCUGUGACCCUGGCGCCCCUGCCGGCCGGGAUCGAGCAUAUCCGCCGCGUGUUGGUGUAA